CUGGUUUUGUUUACGCGGCUUAUUAUCCAACACAUUUUCCAAUGUUUUACGGCAAGACUUUAGUAAAUAAUUUCUACAAAUAUAAGAGAAAAGUAUGGCAGAAUGUGUGCCCUAUCAUUAAGCGCUGCAAUGCCACCUGCCACCCACCCAAAAUUCUCUUCUUUGGCACCGACAACUUUUCCCUGCCCAGCUUGCAGGCGCUGCAUAAAAAUUGCAGUGACCGCCUGGGUGUGGUGACCUCCUUCAAGAGUCCCGCCAACUGCGUGAGGAGCUAUGCAGAGCGAGAGAAAUUGCCGCUUCAGAAAUGGCCCAUAGAUGCCUCUGUAUGUUCCAAUUACGACCUGGGAGUUGUGGUCUCCUUUGGUCACCUCAUACCUGCUAACAUUAUUAAUGGAUUCUCCGCGGGAAUGAUCAAUGUUCAUGCCAGUCUCUUGCCUCGAUGGAGAGGAGCUGCUCCCAUUAUCUAUGCCAUAAUGAAGGGUGAUGCCAGCACUGGGGUUUCUAUUAUGAAAAUUGAACCACAUCGGUUUGAUAUUGGUGCUGUGCUAGCUCAGCAGGAGGUUCCCAUUAAACCUGACGUUUUCAUGCCAGAGUUGCAUUCUUCUUUAGCUUUAUUAGGAGCUGAUUUACUGGUGGAUACUGUCAACAACUUGUCUCAAAGACUAAGAGAAGCUAGGCCCCAGGAUAAUACAGCUGCCAGUUAUGCUCCCAAAAUAACAACCAAAAUCACAGAGAUAAACUGGUCUAAGCUCUCUGCCUCUGAUAUAUACCGCCUGCAUAGAGCCCUAUAUGGUUACAAACCCCUUACCACAAGUUUUCUGGACAAGCAAGUACAGCUUCUGGAAAUCCGGCUACCUGACAGCCCCUUGCCCAUCCUACAACCCGGUCAUUUUAGCUUCCAACGCAAGCGGAAAUCUCUCUUGAUAGGCUGCGACCAGGAGAGUCAGUUGGAAGUUGUACAAUUACGCGUGGAAGGUAGAAAACCCAUGAGUGCCCAGGACUUUAACAAUGGAUUCCUGAAGCAAGCCAAGUCCUUGCAAUUCACAAAUAGUAAAAUAGUGGCAUGUUGAUAACAAAAUGGUAGUUUUAA